GUUUAGUCAUGCUUAGAUAAGCAGUAAGCAACGAAUGCUUCGAUAGCGCCGAUGCUAAGGAGCCUAGUUUUCGCCCCUAAGGUUGCUCCUCAUUGCAGUUUUGUCGGCUUAGGAACUGUAUAUAAAGGCUCUGGUCAAAGGGUCGAACAGGUACGAAACACAGAAACGCAAUAUAGAAUGAGCAUCCCUACACGCAAGAUUGGCAAAGAUGUGGUCCCGGCCAUUGGAUUUGGCGCAAUGGGCUUACACGCAAUGUAUGGACCUUCUACAGAAGAAGCGAACCAGGCAAUCUUAACUCAUGCCGCCGACAUGGGUUGCACUUUUUGGGAUAGCUCUGAUAUGUAUGGUUUUGGAGCGAACGAAGAGUGUAUGGGCCGUUGGUUCAAGGCAACGGGUCGUCGGAAGGAAAUCUUUCUCUGCACCAAGUUUGGAUAUUACAAGGAUCCGGAGACGGGUGUCGCGUCUAUUAACAACAAACCCGAGUACAUUCGCAAGGCGUUGGAUGCUUCGUUAGAGCGUCUCGGUGUUGAUUACAUUGACCUGUACUAUGUCCAUCGUUUUUCGGGCGAAACUCCUGUUGAAGACAUUAUGGAAACAUUAAAGGAACUGGUUGCGGAGGGUAAAAUCCGUUACAUUGGUUUCUCCGAGUGCAGUGCAGACACUAUCCGUCGUGCCUGCAAGGUGUACCCUUUGAGCGCUGUUCAGGUCGAGUACUCGCCUUUCUCUCUCGAAAUUGAGCGUCCUGAAAUUGGCGUGCUGAAGGCCUGUCGUGAGAACAAUAUCACCGUCGUUUGUUACGCUCCUUUGGGCCGUGGAUUUUUGACUGGCGCUUACAAGUCGCCUGAUGAUUUCCCUGAGGGCGAUUUCCGUCGGAACGCUCCUCGGUACCAGAAACAGAAUUUUUACAAGAACCUUGAGCUUGUGAAGAAGAUUGAAAAAAUUGCUGAAAAACAGGGAAUUACUCCUGGACAGCUCAGUUUGGCUUGGUUGCUUGCUCAAGGUGACGAUAUAUUGCCCAUCCCUGGCACCAAACGCAUUAAGUAUCUCGAUGAGAACUUUGGUGCUAUAAACGUGAAACUUCCCCAAACAGUUGUCGAUGAGAUCCGCGAAGCUUGUCAAGAAGCAGAAGUCAUUGGUGAACGUUAUCCUCCCGGACCUGGAAAGAAAUUAUUCAUGGACACACCUCUUCGCAAGUAAGCUCAAUAAGCUCUUCGCAUUUGCGAUUUUUGGACGAAUCAAACUAAUUAGCGAAAACUGCUCAACACGUGGCUUUAAGGCGGCCGCUAAUCAUAUUUUCACUCAUGUAGUGAUAAUAGUGUAUAUUGAAUUUAUGUGAAUCGUUUACGAUCAUGUCAAGUUAAGGAAGGAUGAAAUGGUGAGAGUCGGAAUGCGUGUUUUAAUAGAAAGAAUUUCUUCUAACGGUCGUUUUACUAUCUUUUAAACAGGUUCUAUACUAUAGCCGCUGAUCUUCUUAUCACAAAUAUAGCAUAAAUAAUCCAAUUUGAAUAAAACAAUUUAGA